AAACACUGCCCGGAGUGAGAGCAAACUACCAGCGCAGUGCGUGUGUGCGCGCGGGUGUGCGCGCGCGGGUGUGCGAGAGGGCGAGCGAGCGAGCGAGCACGGGGCGGAGGGGCGGCCAACUGCUUCACACUUUCAAUACUGCACUGAAGAGGGAGAGCGAGACAGCCUGGAGACGCACACAUCCCCCAAAAAUCUCUCCAGGCGACCGUCCCACAGAUUACAGGACAGAAACCUCCAAAUCGAAACGGAGGAAACGGACAGCCAUUGAACAUGGACGAAGGAAUCCCUCAUUUGCAAGAGAGACAGUUACUGGAACAUAGGGAUUUUAUAGGACUGGACUAUUCCUCUUUGUAUAUGUGUAAACCCAAAAGGAGCUUGAAGCGAGACGAUACCAAGGAUACCUACAAGUUACCGCACAGAUUAAUAGAAAAGAAGAGACGAGACCGAAUUAAUGAAUGCAUUGCUCAGCUGAAAGAUUUACUGCCUGAACAUCUGAAAUUGACAACACUGGGGCAUUUGGAGAAAGCAGUAGUCUUGGAAUUAACUUUAAAGCACUUGAAAGCGCUAACAGCCUUAACUGAGCAGCAGCAUCAGAAGAUAAUUGCUUUACAGAAUGGGGAGCGCUCUCUGAAAUCGCCGGUCCAGGCCGACUUGGAUGCGUUCCACUCGGGGUUUCAAACCUGCGCCAAAGAAGUCUUGCAAUACCUCGCGCGCUUUGAGAGCUGGACGCCCAGGGAGCCGCGCUGCGCACAGCUAGUCAGCCACCUGCACGCCGUGGCCACCCAGCUCCUGACGCCACAGGUGCCCUCGGGCAGGGGCUCUGGGCGCGCGCCCUGCAGCGCGGGGGCUGCGGCCGCCUCGGGUCCCGAGCGCGUUGCCCGCUGCGUGCCGGUCAUCCAGCGGACUCAGCCCGGCACGGAGCCGGAACACGACACGGACACCGACAGCGGCUACGGAGGCGAGGCGGAGCAGGGCCGCGCGGCCGUCAAGCAGGAGCCACCCGGGGACUCGUCGCCUGCGCCCAAGAGGCCGAAGCUGGAGGCGCGCGGCGCGCUCCUGGGCCCGGAGCCCGCGCUGCUCGGCUCGCUCGUGGCGCUGGGCGGGGGCGCGCCCUUCGCGCAGCCUGCCGCCGCGCCCUUCUGCCUGCCCUUCUAUCUGCUGUCGCCGUCCGCCGCCGCCUACGUACAACCCUGGCUAGACAAGAGCGGCCUGGACAAGUAUCUGUACCCCGCGGCGGCCGCGCCCUUCCCGCUGCUGUAUCCCGGCAUCCCGGCAGCGGCCGCCGCUGCUGCCGCCGCCGCUUUCCCUUGCUUGUCCUCCGUGCUGUCGCCACCCCCGGAGAAGGCAGGCGCGACCGCCGGUGCCCCGUUCCUAGCGCACGAGGUGGCGCCUCCGGGGCCGCUGCGCCCCCAGCACGCGCAUAGCCGCACCCACCUGCCGCGCGCCGUGAACCCGGAGAGCUCUCAGGAAGAUGCCACGCAGCCGGCCAAGGACGCCCCCUGAACCCAGCAUUCCUUCCAGAACAGGGCAGGGGGCUCCCGAGGAGUCGCCAGGUUUCCAAGUUCAAACGUCCCUAAAGCGUACCAGGGAGGAAGAGUAAGCGAUGCUCUACAGGCUUAGGACAAAAACAGGUGUUUUGUGUAUGUUUGGAGUUCCUGUUUUGCCCGUUUCUCACCCUUUUGCCACCCCACCCUGUACCCUUUCACACUCCCUCCCCCAUCCCUGCUGUCAAGGAGCCUCCCUGAGAAAUGAUUAUCUUCUAUUACCCUCCUUACCUUUAGUCCUUGUUCCCUCUUUCCAAAUACAGACCCUGGUUCAGGAGUCUGUUGGGUGGGAGAGCCAUGUGGAACGACUUAGAGUGCCUGGUACCAGGGCUCCCUGACCCAGGCCUGAAAGAAUAGCUGUGUCUCCCAACUGCCCCCUUAGGAGGUGGUCCAUUAACUGAGGGUCUCUGAGAGUUACACUUACAUGGCAGUAUUUUGUAUUGUUCAGCUUUUUUUGGAAGAAGUGAGAAUGCUGUUGCCCUGUUGUGAGGUGACUGGAGUGGUGUCUUUUUACCCUGCACCUGUUGGGAGAAAUUGAGAGUUGGGCUACAGGCACUGUGGUGGGAGCUGGAAGAGGGAGGUUGGAGCCCAUGGCGCCUUUGCUCGCACUUUAUUGACAGAUUGACCUCAAACCCUUUGUCCCAUGUCUCAGCUCAAACAUACAUGUCAUAGGUUAUAUAUUUGUGUUUCUGAUCCCUCAUUUUAUCCAUCAUGGUCCCAAAUUUUUAUAACAUUACUGUUUGGGGUUUUUUGGGGGGUUUUUUUGUUUUUUGUUUUGUUUUUGUUUUUUGUUUUUUUUUUUUUUGGAGGUGGGGGUGGAUGUUAAAGUGCUCUAGGCUGGGAAAAGACAAGUCCAAAACAAUUGAUUGUUGAAUUCUUAGAUGACAGAAGUGGGAAGAGGGGCUUGCGGUCCCUUGUGAUGGGACGUGCUGUGAACAUAGAGAAGCCUUGCCAGGCCUCUCAAGGCUGUAUGUAUUUUUCGGGAGACCAAACCAGAUACCAGAUAAUCAGGAAGAAAGCUUUUUAAAAUCAGGCAUAAACCAAGACCUUGUCUAGAUAUUUUUAGUUUGUUGCCAAGGUAGCACUGAGAAAUCUCACUUGAAUGUUAUAUAAGGGGUGAGACACAAUAGUGAAGAAAGUUAUCUUGGUCUGUGAGUGUUCGGUCGGUUUGCUGCUGCUGUUGCUACUGUUUGCCUCAAACGCUGUGUUUAAACAACGUUAAAAACUUCUUCGCCUACCAAGGCGGCUGUAUGUACAUAGCUGUUAAUAAUCCCAAUUAAUGAUGUCUGACAUGCUAUUUUUGUAGGGAGAAAAUAUCUGCUAAUGAUAUUUUGAGUUAAAAUAUCUUUUGGGGCAGACUUGGUGAAAUGUUUGCACUUUGGUUACAAUGCUUAUACUGCUUGGUGCAAGCUUAUGCUGUCUUAAAUUAUUAAACAAAUAAAAAUAUUAUCUGCAAGAAAAACCAGCUGGUUUAGACAAGUUUAGUAUGUAAAGACAAGCUAGAAACUAUCUUUAUAUUCUAGUAUUUUCAGCACUCCAUAUUACCUAAAUAUUGCCACACUAUUUUGUGAUUUAAAAGUUCUUACUGAGGAAUAAAAUGUUUAUAUAUGAUAAGAGAUGGUCUAAUAAUUAAACGAUACUGGGUACCCCAUGAGUUUUCAGAGACGGCUGCGUACAAGGACCUGAGCUCAUCUGCGUACUCGGACGCUUUCUGUUUGGUUUUGGUUUUAGUAUUUUUAAUCACUGGUUUCUCCAGGGAGACUCCUGGUUUGGGCCUUGGGUCCCCACUUCUCCCAGUCUAUCUUAAUGAAAACCACAGAAGGAAUCGUGUAGCACUCACUUGGGAGGUCGUUCACCAUAGACCUAGCUUGCUAACUUUUUUAUGAUUCACCUGGUUUAGGUCUGUGACUCCACAUACCCUCUCUCUUGUGUGGUCUGGGGUUUCUCUUCUGCCCAGGUCUGAAACACUAGGGGGAGGGAUGUUUCAUUCAUGCAAAUAUUUUGCCUUCUUAACUUUUACAAAGGAGCCCUGGUAUGGGAGUUUGCCUUGGAGUUCAGGAAACAAUUUUAGACUUUUCUCAAGCUUAAAAUCAUACCUGUGCUUGGAGACAAAGGGCUGUGCACUUUCUUUGGGUGGUGGUGUUGAGCCCCUGACUUAAGGUAUGUGAGUGACAGUUUCUAAGAUGUGGGGAAGCACUCCCUCUGCUGACUGUGACAAGCUGACUGACAAGGCAUGGUAAACCGGAAGCCAUAGCGCAUACAUCUGCUAGGUCAGUCCUCUGAACUCUGUAAGGGAUGAAAGUCAGGCAAGGUCACAGAGGCACUAGCCAGAGUAUGACCAGACCCAGUAUCUCCCUCUACUUGGGGACUUCAGCUUUCUGGGCCAAGGAUGCUGGUUUUGAUUGGAUAAAGCUCCUGAAACUGAGCAAACCAACCACGGGGCAAAGGAGACAAAAUUCAGCUAAGCUGUCAGCUAGAGGCUUUGUAGAGCCUUGAUAAUGUCAGUCACAAGAAAGAUGCCUUGUCCUAAAUUUAAAAUUACAUAAAAAACAGCAUUUUAAGUAUUUUGAGCUACAAUUUUGUUGCCAUUAUUGUCAGGACUGAAAAGAAGUUGCAACAGUUGACAUUUGCAUGGUUUUGUAAGAUUUUAUAGAUGUUUUUUUUUUUUUUUUUUUUUUUUUUUUUACUUUGGCCACAUUUAUAGGUUGCUUAUUCAGUCUGAAGUUAUAAAUAGUAACGUGAUAAAAUUACGAAGUUAGGGCAGAAAAUAAAAAUAGUAUUUUCCGUAUUCCAUCUCAUGUGAUCUCGUGUGUUUCUAGGGAUGGUACUUAGGACCUUGGACAAUCUGGGCCAGACUGCUACCACUGACCUGGGCCCUCAGCCUCUGGAAGCUAUUAUUUGAGUCAUUGGUUGAUUUUAAUGAAUUAACAGCUGAGUCAGAGCCCACUAACGAGGUAGAUUUGAAACAUCAGCUGAACUUAGUACAUCAUAUGAUCUUCCAGCUUAACUACGAAUCUUUAUUCGAUAAUGCAGUUAGUAAUCAAUAAUUUUGCAUAGACAGACUUAAGAAACUUUAUGUUGAAUUUAUAAAUGCUCCCACUAACCAGCUAAAAUUUACAUUUUCAAGGUGUUGGAAACCACAGCUGUGAAAAUCUGACAUUCUAGUCCCAUGGCUGUGGACGUGCUUUGACUUAGUGCUGUUAAAUGACUUAAGGGACCAGGAGAUGUGUGAAUCCUAGCCUGUGGUGAGUAGGACCUUAGCCUGGUCCUUUUCUGUCAGUCAGUGUUUGUCCUCUCCAUAGGAGGUGACUGCUUGAGACUUUGGGAAGACAGGGCUGGACAAACAGACCUUAAAGGCUUUUUAUUUCAAGUAGGGAUGAACAGAGGGAUUUAAGACUCCAUCACAAAAGCCUCCUUAUGUGAAAGAGGCAUUUUUUUUUUUUUGUCUCAGCAAGCAUAUCUCUUACUAAAAACUCUUUACCUGUUGACCCUUUAUACCAAUAUAUUAAGGCUCCCUACCCACUCUUCUCUUGUUAAUUUAAGCAAGUUCUAGAUAGUUUUACAGUCUGCUCACUCCCACCUCAAGUGCCAGCUUUUCGUGAGUGAAUUUGGUGGAGAACUGAGAGAAAAAUCUCAUUUUCUGGGGCCGGGGAAUUGCACUGCAAAUGUGCUAGUCUCAGAGUUCUGUGCCUGCCUUAAAAAUCAUAUUUCUUGUACGAUUGGAACAAACUCCGAACAAAUACAAAACUGUACUUUAAAAAGAGCUGUUAUUUUAAAACUCUGAAUCUUGAGACACCCCCCAUAAACAGCAGAAACUUCUAGAUUAAUGCUAUUAUUUUUUUCUUUCCUUUGGGGGAAAAAAAUAGUGGACAGCACACAAAAGUGUAUUGUAUCUGUGCUCUGGGAUGCUCUGGGAAACUGCCCUAUGCAUGUGAAAUGUUUCUAAUGGUCCAGGAGUGGAAGCAUCACUGUUACAUGAUGUGGUUUUGUGUGUGCAGCGUUUGCGCUUGGGCCCACCCCUACGGAGCAGUUGUGUCAGAUUAUUUCUAUUGAGACAGGGUUUCACAAUGAAGCACUGACUGGCCUGGAACUCCCAUAUAGACCACAUGCCUCUCUCUGUCUUCUGAGUGUUGAGAUGAAAAGCACCACCACACCUGACUACAUCUGUUUUUUCAGGGUUUCAGCCUCUUUCCCUAGCCAGUCUGCUAACUGUCACUUCUCAGUGGUCAGAGAGAGGCCUCCAGCACAUACCUGGUUUGGUGCCUGUUUACUGUGGGCAGGGACAGAACCACACCCAUUUUCACACGUGUCUAAAACGGGAGAAAAUAGGUUCAGACAGAGGCCCCAAGGGCCCUGCCAUAAGCAAAUCGUGUGCGCUUAUAUUCUCAGGGAUGGUUUCUUCCACAAGCUAUCUCUAUUUUCUAAAACUUCUAGAUUCUCAGCAGAGUUCCCCAUCAGAUUAUUGGAAAUCUACAAGUGCUUUCCAUUAUUAUGUAAAAAUACAAGCCAGGUGCUAAUGGUUUCAGAGGAUAGCAGACAGUAAGAACAACAUUCUCUCUCUUUUUUUUUUUUAGAGCUAAGACGUUGGCUGAGUGCUAUUUCAGGUCAGUGAAAACAGGGCGUUAGUGUUAAAGACUGGUGGAGCAUUUCCAUUCAUGGGUGACCCUGGACCCUUUUUCUGGGUUGUAACACCUACCUGAUGGGUACAGGUCCAGCAAGAACAUUCUGGAAGCUGUCUGGGUGGGUACACCAGUGUACUCAGACACACCCAUGGCAGAGGCUCUAGGGAGAAGCUUCAGAUCCACUGCACUUAAUUUUUUUCCUCUUGAGCCUACAGGUUCAAGCCAGCAUGUAUGGGUGACCAUGCGUAUAUUUCACUCUUAUAGAAGAGACUGUGGAAAGUGUCACAUUAUGAAAUUAAACCUUGGGACCUACCUCAGUGUCAUAGGGGUUAUAGAAUGAUACUAAAACAAAUGACACAGUCACGUAAGAGGUGACUGCAGCGGUGUGUGAGAUGCUCAGACUCUGUGGUCAGCAGCAUUUGCUGACCUCUAUGUGAGUGGGGCAGGCUUGGAGGAGGAACUGGGUUUUUGCAGAGUAGAUAAGAGUUCAUGAAUAGACUUCUGGACCAGCCUGUGUCUUAAGCCAUGCUUUCAGUUUCAUGAGUAAUAUUAAACUUGAGGUCAGAGCAAGGUUUCCUAAUUUCUCUAUCUCUUGAGACCUUUGACUGCCCUGCUGGCUCUUAGCCUCGGCAUCUCCUGUGGGAAUGGACCCGAGACUGGCGCGGUCCUGACCCUUCCCACAGCAGUGGGAUAUACAGUUGUAUUGUUGUGUAAUGAUAUUGUGGUACAGAAGGGAGAUUGCACAUCACCAUCGGGUCUGCCCUGCCUCCUGUGGGCAUGUGUUCCAAGCAGACACAGCUCAAACUAGCAUACCCCAUGGUGACGUCUGUCUCUUCUGUUAAGGCGACCCGUUCUCACUCAGUGACAGAAGAGAAGACAGGCAUUCUAAGAACUAC